AUGAGCGCAGGAAAACGUCCGAGCCUCAGGAUGGACGUACCUGUCAUCAUCUUGCUCAUCCACCUGACCCAUACCGAGAUGAGAGAGCUGCUGGCCAGCUGGGCAGAAAUAGAGACCGGAUGCCCCCUCGGCCAGUUCCCGUGCGGGAACGUGAGCGAGUGCCUCCCCCAAGUUUUGCAGUGUAAUGGACACAAAGACUGUCCCAAUGGAGCUGACGAGCGGCGCUGUGGGGACAACAUCGGAUGGGCGGACUUAUUUGGUCAAACAAUACAGAAUGCCAAUCCUGUGGACCGGUACUUCCUGAAUGACUGUCUUUUACAGGAGUAUCCAGAGAGUUGUGGCUGUAUACAGACAGAUGUUGAGUGUGUGGGAGUCAACCUGCAAGAUGUUCCUCUCCUCUCUCCAAAUGUGACCUGGCUGUCACUGAGGAGCAAUGAGAUCCGAGUGCUGUCUGAUUUUGUUUUCUCAGAAUACUCUGCCCUUGAGAGACUGUUUUUGCAAAACAACAGCCUCCAGUUCAUAUUCACACAUGCCUUCAGCGGCCUGAACAAUUUAAAGAGGUUGUUUCUCAGUGAGAACUUGAUAUCCUCCAUUAGUCCUGGUGUGUUCAAGGACCUCCAUCAGCUAGAGUGGCUGAUGUUGGAUCAUAACCCACUUAGCAUCUUGUCCCAGGAUGCUUUCAUCGGGCUCCAGUCUCUCAUGUACCUAUCCAUGGUGGACACCUCGCUUCAGCAGCUUCCUCACCCGAGCUUCUGUCGGCACAUGCCUGCCUUGGACUGGCUGGAUCUUGAGGGAAACCAGAUUCAAUCUCUCAACUACUCCAUCUUGAAAAGCUGCAGCAAGCUUGAAGUUCUGUUGCUGAUGGACAACAGGAUCAGAAGACUUCCUGAAAACACCUUCCAGUCUCUGUGGAAACUGGCUGAACUGAAUCUGUCCAGCAACAGGAUAAGGGAGCUUCCGAAAAACACGUUUAAGAAUCUCUCCAAGUCCCUCCUCAAACUAAAUAUUUCCCACAAUCCCCUUCUCCACAUUCACCCCGGACACUUCAAUGACCUGACACAUCUUCAGUCUCUGGCUCUGGAGGGUAUAGAGAUCCCAGAUAUUCAGAUGAAGAUGUUCCUGCCUAUGAAGAACCUCUCCCACAUCUACUUUAAGAAGUUCCAGUACUGCUCCUACGCACCUCAUGUAAGGUCCUGUAAACCCAACACAGACGGCAUCUCUUCGUUAGAGGACCUGUUGGCCAACAUGGUGCUGCGGGUGUCUGUCUGGGUCAUGGCCUUCAUUACCUGCUUUGGUAACCUCUUUGUCAUCGGCAUGAGGUCACUGAUACGAGCUGAGAACAACCUACACGCUGCCUGCAUCAAAGUCCUCUGCUGUGCAGACUGCCUCAUGGGCGUGUACCUGUUUUUCGUUGGAGUGUUUGAUGUAAAGUUUCGUGGGCAGUACAAUCGUAAUGCCCUGCUCUGGAUGGAGAGUGUGGAGUGUCGAACCAUUGGAUUCCUGGCCAUGCUCUCCACAGAGGUGUCUGUUCUCCUCCUGACCUAUCUGACUCUGGAGAAAUUCCUGGUCAUCGUAUUCCCCUUCAGCAAUCUGCGCCCAAGCAAACUUCAGACUGGGGUGGUCCUGGCCUCUAUCUGGCUACUGGGGUUCAUUAUUGCUGCUGUGCCCCUAAUGAAUGAGGACGUGUUUGGAAACUACUAUGGACGUAAUGGGGUCUGCUUUCCCCUUCAUUCUGACAGGCAAGAAAAACCUACCGCCAGGAGAUAUUCUACAGGCAUUUUUCUGGGUCUCAACUUGCUGGCGUUCCUGGUGAUUGUCUUCUCCUACUCCAGCAUGUUCUACUCCAUUUAUAAAACUGGCAUCAAUGCAACAGACUUGAGGAGCAGACUGCACAGAGACAUGGCCGUGGCCAACAGGUUUUUCUUCAUAGUGUUCUCUGAUGCCCUCUGCUGGAUCCCCAUAUUUUUGGUGAAAAUCCUCUCACUGUCGGAGGUGGAGAUACCUGGCACCAUCUCCAGCUGGGUAGUCAUCUUCAUCCUUCCCAUCAACAGCGCCUUGAACCCCAUCCUUUACACCUUGACCACCAGCUUCUUCAGAGAGCAGGUGGAAGUUUUACUCUGUCGCUGGCAGAGAAGACACGCCUUAAAAAAAGACAGCAAAAGCCUCACCUCCUCCACAAUCUUCGUGGACACCUCACGGGUUCCUUGCUACCAGCUCCCAGACUACCUCCAGCAGGUGUCACUGACCACGGUAGACCCCCGCUACGCCUGA